AUGCUCAGCUUCUCGCGACUCGCCUUCGUUCUUCUCGUCUCUGCGUGUGUCAUGGCUAUGGCGGCGCCAAAACAAAUGGUGUUCGGUUUUGGAAAGCGCGCAAUGGACAUGAGCGAAAUGCCAGAGGACGUUCCAAUGAAGCGAUACAAGCCAAGAAGCUUCGCGAUGGGAUUCGGAAAGCGCGCUUCAAUGCGCAGCUUCAACAUGGGCUUCGGAAAACGAUCCGCUGGAGCUGAAUAUGACGUCGAUUCCUUCUAA